CGACGACAUCAUCCAGCGAGCUAAAGACUGGCACGCGCUCAUGGCGCUCAAGCGACAGCGCCGCUUCGACGCCAACAAGCGCUACCAGAAGGAAAUCUCCGACCAAGCACGCGAGGUCGCCGAGCGCAAUCGAAGCGAGUACGAAACGGAGUUGAAUCUGCAGAAGCUCGACAACAUCAAGGCCAACGAGGAGAUGGCCGCCAUCAAGAAGUUCGAGGAGGACUUUAAAGCCGCAGAAAAGAACCGCAUCUGGUCGGACAUGCAGCGCUCGCGCCAGGAGAACGAGCAGCGCCGCCGGGAGCAGGCCGCCCGGGACAACAUGGAUGACCGCCUCAUCGACGUCUUACUACGCUCCCGGGCCAGGGUCGAGCAGAAGCGGAAGCAGACGGAGAAGGACGUGAGUACCUAUAGCAGCCAGGGAGAUGUAGGAAGACCUGAGGAAUCGCAUCUGGUCGAACAAGCAACGCUCGCGGUAGAAGAACCAGGAUCGAGCAGAAGCGAAAGCAGACUGAGAAGGACGUGA